CAGAGUAUUUGCUUUCCGAUGAGCAACGAUGAGAGGAUGCUGUUAGCUUUGUCCGUCAGCUACCAGUUUCUGGGUGCAAAAUAUUUGACAGUACAUCUGAGGGGAGAGAAGUAUGCAGUGGUGCUAGUUCUUAGCGUAAAGAGUUUUGAGACUGGCUGAUUUCUCAGGCACAAUGAUCAGCACUCCCGACGUUCCAACAGCUGAAAAUGUUUUCAUAGGAUGGAGUUAGAGCACCUGAAGAGGCUGCGUCAGGCCAACCGGGACCUUCUACAAAGGCUCAGAAUGAAUAGAACAGCUUCUGAAAGAUCUGUCCCCUUGCCCAAGAGAGGGAAGGAAAAUCAGGUCGAUGCUGCGAAGUCUACAGCUGACCCUGCAGUGUUAGUGUCUGUGGAACCCGGAGCUUACGCAGCCAGAGCAGCCCUCUGUUCAUCUCUUAAACACAGCAGCAGUGGCAGAGGGGUACAGCAACAACAAGCGAAGAUGCAGGAAGCAGUAGGUUUGGAUUCCAGCUUUCCUGGGAAAGAGAAGAAUAUUAUGCCAGUGUCUGCAAUCAUUAUGUGUGGCAGAGAAACCUCCAGAGUGGAUAGGGAUGGCCAUGCUCGAGGAAGUCCAGAGAAAGAAUCCUUCCUUCUGGGACAUGGAGAGAACAGAAAACAGUCCACCCUGCUACGUGGUUUCCAUGAGAAAAAACAGCUUAAGGGUCAUCUGGACCUAUCACUGAGCAGCGUACAAAAUGAAGAGACCAGCAAGCAGCAUGUGGUCCUUAGAGAGCCCAUAAUCUGUAAAUCAAUCUUGCUGACAUCGCAGUCCAAAAAGUUGAAGAAGGAAGCUGGUCAUGUGACUUUUCAGUCUGACCCUGAAGAAUAUCCCAUACCUGUGAGCAGCUGGUCUGUGUAUCCUUUCCUGGGCUAUGACUGGAUUGCAGGGCUCCUAGAUACAAACUCUUCAGUAACAGAAAAAUCUGAUCAAUACUUUGCUGAACUGCACGAGUUCCGACAGGCCAACAAAGAAGCGUGUAUUCAUGAGCAGCACCUGGAGCCCAAGGCUCUGGAUUACAUAGUUCCUGGACAAGAACCAGAUUUGAUAACCAGUUCCCAUAAGUGUGUUUACUGUUAUCGAUUAAACCAGCGCCUCUUCACUGUCCCUGUGGAUUCAGAAUCUGCCUGCCCCGUGUGUAAGAUCCCACGUACUCACCAGCCCCCAGAGCUACUGGAAGAGCCAGCCUAUGUCAGGGUCAGCGUUCCCAGGUCUACCCUUAUGCCUGCCUACAAAUACAAAGCCCAUCGCAGGAAGAGCUUUGAACCGGCAGACAAUCUAGCAUUACCUUCGCAUUGCCUGGCUGGCUGGGGAAAUAUCAUCCCUUCCAGCAACCCCACGCUCAGCAGUUUGGAUCUGCGAGCUUCACUGGAAGAGAAGCCUUCUCACCAUCCUCGCCUGGGUAUGAUAAUCAUUGAUGGCUCAGCAAAUGAAAAUGCCUGGAAGAUUAUCUCCUUAUCUCCACAGGGAAACAUUUUCCUUCUGCUGCUGUGUAAACUGAACUCGGUGUCCAGAGUGUCAGGAGGAACCAGAACUGACCAGCUUAUGAACCUGACCCACUUGACACACUUCAGAUUUAGCAGUGCUUCUCAGCAGAGGGAGCAAAACAAACCUGGACACUACAGAGCAGCUCCAAAUUUAAAUCCGACUGCCUCAACUCUUGUGAACCACUGACUUGAUUGCCCUGGGGAAGGGAUGGGUGUGGAAACAACUCUAUUUGGAUAAAAAUAAAUCUUUGAACAGAUUUUGCCUAGUUUUCAUAGUCGUGAGCGACCAAUACACAUAGCUGAAUGUGCAAACUC